CCUCCCACAUUUUCCCGGACACCCUAUAUAUAAAUUUCUUCUGUAUUGUAUUAAAAAAAUUUAAAAAUAAAAGUAUUAUAAAAAUUUUGUGAUUAUUUAUUAGUCUUACUCAUUGUGUUACAUAAUGUGGACAAAACAAAAAUGCAUGAUAAUAUGUAUAUUAAGUUGUACAUAUUUCAUAAAAAUAUACAUAUACCUUUUUGUACAAUGUAUGGCUCGCCAACCAACUCUUUUUUAAGGGGGUAGUCCUCUAAAUAAUUUUUUUUGCUUAAAAUGUUCUUUGGGAUGUAUAUUUUAUUAUAGGCUUUAUCCCAUCUUUGCCGGAAACUUUGUUCGUCAGUUAUAAGGCGAUAUACAAAGAUGUGCACUGGCGCCCUAAGCACGCUCGAAGGUUACCUCAGUUACCGACAGAACUGGAGGGAUUUGUAGUUCAGGAUACUGUCGCUAGUAUCGGAGGUGGCGCUAGGAUCGUAUACAGUUGAUUGAAAUGUUCCCUUCGCAUUUUGAACAGUCUAUGGUGGUCAUUCACAAGAAAACACGCUUACAUGCGCGCCGGCGUCGUUUGGUGUUGUAAUCGUGAUUGUUUGUCGUGCGUUCCGUGAAAAUGCCUUUCAAACGGCCCAGGAAUCGCGAAAAAGGUGCAAGAGACAAUAGCGCCCGUGCGUCAACCACAGAACCGACGGAUGCAGCUCCACGACACACCAAUUGUCCAGAAGGCGCAGAUUCUUGGCGCACGUGGCAGAAGGCUAAAGCCGAUGGUCAGAUUGAGGACUACACGCACAAACCACCAAUGAAGACAGAAGUUUUCGAUGCCAUUCGUCCUGUAUAUGAAGACUUGAGCCGUGACGACUUGCUGGAGCGAUGCCUGGGAGAAUACACUCAGAAAGCCAACGAAAGCUUCAAAGCUUGCAUCUGGUCGAUUUCUCCAAAAACCACCCACAGCGGGAAAAAUAUCGUCGAUAUUGCGGCCAGUGUAGCGCGGCUUGUACUUUCAACGACGGCCUAUCAAGCAUUAUUGACAUAAUGAACCAGCUCCAACUCGAGAUAGGUCCCAGCUGCUACAACUUCUGCAAGAGCUGCGAAUGUCAGAUGCUGCCAAAGACG